CCACUGGCGCUCUUGCGGAGUUGAAAGGGCGACUGCGCAGGUGCAGCUGGGUUGCUCGGCGCCCAGCCCCUCCAUCCUGUGACCCUGCGACCCCGCAGUCCCCCUGUGGCCAUGGCGGCUGUUAGGGCUCUGGUGGCUUCCCGGAUGGCGGCGGCUUCUACCUUUGUGCCGCUCCCCGGCUUCCGACCGCUGCUGUCCAGCGGCCCGGCACCCUCCCCGCGCGCGGCCUUCCACCGCUCCGCACCGCGGCCCGGGCCCAGGGUCGCUCUGGUGCUGUCCGGGUGCGGAGUCUACGACGGGACGGAGCUCCACGAGGCCUCAGCGGUGCUGGUGCACCUGAGCCGUGGUGGGGCUGAGGUCCAGAUCUUCGCUCCUGACGUCCCUCAGAUGCACGUGAUUGACCACACCAAGGGACAGCCUUCUGAGAACGAAACCAGGAAUGUUCUGACUGAGUCAGCAAGGAUCGCCCGUGGCAAGAUCACGGACCUGGCCCAGCUACGCGCCGCCAACCACGACGCCGCCAUCUUCCCCGGGGGCUUUGGAGCCGCCAAAAACCUGAGCACGUUCGCCGUGGACGGGAAGGACUGCAAAGUCAACAGAGACGUGGAGCGCGUCCUGAAGGACUUCCACAAGGCCGGGAAGCCCAUCGGCUUGUGCUGCAUCGCUCCUGUCCUCGCGGCCAAAGUGCUCCCUGGGGUCGAGGUCACCGUGGGCCACGAGCAGGAAGAAGGUGGCAAGUGGCCGUACGCCGGGACUGCGGAAGCCAUCAAAGCCCUGGGCGCCAAGCACUGUGUGAAGGGAGUGACCGAAGUACACGUGGACCAGAAAAACAAGGUGGUCACCACCCCGGCUUUCAUGUGCGAGACGGGGCUCCACCACAUUCACGAUGGGAUCGGGGCCAUGGUGACGAAGGUGCUGGAACUCGCCAAGAAGUGAUGCUGCCGGGGCUGUGGGCUCCGCCUCCUCCGCCGGGCGGAGCUGGUCGCCCGUUCUCCUGUGCACCUGGGCGUGUGGCGGGAAUUCACGUUUCUGCUUGUAGGACACACUUGGGGUCGGGGGUAAAUUGGCGCGAGAGUGUGGUCCUCGGCCUUCCCCCCAGGAGGGGGGCAGGCAGAGCCCACGCACUGGAGGGGCAGCUGGUCGUCCCGCGCCUUUAGGAUGAAGUAGCGUCUGGACCCCCUGCGCAUCCUGAAAGUCUCGGCCAGGGUCAGCUUCCUCAGGAAGCGGACGGGUUGGAGGCGUUACUGUGCAGUCUCGGGUUUGGCCUGCUUCAGAGUAGGUAGCGUUUGGAAGGGAAAAUGAUUGUAAGUCUGAUAAUCAGCAAACCAAAACCAUGGUUAUUGACAAUUAAAGACUCUCCGAUCUGGA